AUGGACUAUGAUGGCUACACACAAUUCUUGAUAGGCGAAGACCCCUACGUUCCUGGCUACGCUCCUGAUCCUCCUGCUCCUCUUUCUCCGCAGUAUAGUCCUCCCCCAGCUUAUCCAUCUACACCCUCUUGCAUUCCGGUUCGCAACUGGCAGCCGACUUUUCUGGAUAAUGCCCAAGCUAGGCAUGGGUUUUAUCCCAUAGAGGUGUUAGAGGGGAGUGCUCCCCUGGAGUUCGUCGUCUGUUAUCCCUACCCGUGGGACCCCAGUCUUCCGGAGUAUUGGGAUGAGUGGUCUAUGCUAACUCAAAACGAUCGUUUAGUGAAAAUGCCGUCAAGACGAAAUGUACCUGCGGGACGUGACGACGCCACCACGGUAAUGGAUCGUAUGGUAUUGGCAAUGGAACAGAUGGCUGAGUUUAUGAUGGCUCAGCAGGCCCAGAAUCAAAAUCAGGGACACCCUCGGGUUGACUUUGCUAAAGCUAUAGCAAGUAGACACCCACCGAAUUAUGCGGGGGAAAAUGACCCAGUGGUUUUGGAAGAAUGGAUACGGACAUUUGAUAAACUGCUUGACGCAGUAAAUUGCCCGACGAAUCAACGAGUAUCUUCUGCGGUGUAUUACUUGACAAAAGCCGCAGAUAACUGGUGGGCAACGGCUGGACCCGAACUCCUGCAAAACCCAGACUUUGGCUGGGAGGAAUUCAAGGAGGAAUUGAGGGGACAAUUUUACACGGAACGAAUUAAGGGAAUCAAGUGCGAAGAAUUCUUGCGACUGAAGCAGAAAGGAGAAACUCUUCAGGUCUACUAUGACCAGUAUGUGGAGCUAAUGAGGUUUGCUCAAGACAUUGUGCCGGACGAGGCAAGCAAAGCAAGAAGAUUUGUGCGAGGAUUGGAUUGGGACGUGAGAAGGGCAAUCGCACCAUUCAUGUGCUCCACUCUCAAGGAGACAUAUAAUCGGGCAUCGGAUCAGUACCAAGUGUACCUGGAUCAACAGGAAGUUUACGGCAGGAACAAAAGAAGAGCUGAUGAUAAACAGAGGAGAUUCAAGGUGGAUGAUAGGAAGUCUAACCAAGGGAAAUUUCAACCAAAGCAAGGAGAGAAGAGGGGAGGAACAGACCAAGGGAAACAGUCUGCUUGCAGCAGAUGUGGAAAGAGCUAUCCUGGAGAAAAUUGCCAAGGGGUGAGAAUAAGGUGCUACAAGUGUGGUCUCUUAGGACACAAAUUCUAUGAGUGCCAAACCAGGGUAGAAAACCUCUGGAACUCCUCGCAGAAUACCAGACAAGGAGGAGGAUUCAAUGGGAGCAACGACCGGAAACCUGCAGAAUCAGAAAACAGGGGAGUUAAUUCUCCACAAGGGAACCGGGGAAGACCAGCGAACGCUGCUACAAGUUCGAGCGACAAAGGGAAGUUACCAAUGGGAGAAAGCAGCACAGGGAACCAAGGACGAAUCUACGUCGUCAACAGCGCUCAGGCUCAGUUAUGGCCUACUAGUAAGUUAGACUUAAAUGUGAGAACUGCCUCGGGGAUAGUAGUAGCUUGUAAGGAUGGAUAUGACAACAUUUCGAUAGAAAUUGCGGGAUUCAAUUGUCCCGGAAAUCUUAUUCGUUUUGAGUUAGAGGGCAUCGAUGUGGUACUUGGGAUAGACUGGUUGGAUAUGUAUAAGGCUCAAAUUGUUUGUAAUGAGCGAAAGGAUGCUGAGAUGGAAGAACCUGAGAUCAAUCAAAUCCCAGUAGUGCGUGAAUUUCCCGACGUGUUUCCAGAGGAUCUCACGGAAAUGCCGCCAGAGAGGGAAGUGGAAUUCACUUUUGAUCUCGCACCGGGAAUCGCGCCAAUCCCAAAAGCACCUUAUCGUAUGGCAUCGAAAGAGAUGGAAGAAUUGAAGACUCAAUUGGCAGAAGAACUCAAUCGGGUCAUAGUGAAGAACAGGUACCCAUUGCCCAGGAUCGACGAUCUGUUCGAUCAAUUGAAGGGAGCUGGAGUAUUUUCAAAGAUUGAUUUACGGUCAGGGUAUCACCAAGUGCGAGUCGUGGAGCAGGAUAUUCCCAAAACAGCAUUCCGGACUAGGUAUGGGCACUACGAAUUUGCCGUCAUGCCUUUCGGAGUGACAAAUGCACCAGGGACUUUCAUGGACUUGAUGAACAGGAUUUUCCUUCCAUAUCUAGAUAAGUUCAUCGUUGUCUUUAUAGACGAUAUCUUGGUUUACUCAAAAACACCAGAGGAACACGAAGAACAUCUUAGGAUAGUAUUGCAAAUGCUGAGGGAAAAGAAUCUUUUUGCGAAACUAUCUAAGUGUGAAUUUUGGAGGAAGGAAGUAGCAUUUCUUGAGAGAUCUCAAUUUGAGGCAAAGAAGAUGGCUGGAGUUGAUCAAGGAUUAUGA